AUGACUACUAAUCUCGGUUUAAACAUAAUCACCCUAGUGACGCUUUUGAUAACUUUAACCCCAACCUUAAUCAAAUCAGAGGAGAGCAUUAAUGUCCUUUUACCCAUUUCCCUAAACCUCACUGUCCUAACUGAUCCCUUCUCCAUCUCCGCCGCUUCUCAAGACUUCGGUAACAUAACCGACGAAACCCCCGGAGCCGUGCUCUGCCCUUCCUCCUCCGUCGAGGUCUCCCGUCUCCUCCGCUUUGCGAGCGGAGAAUUCUCUUACGGCGAGGACGCAACCGGCCCCUCGCCCGGUUUCAAGGUGGCGGCUCGCGGCCAAGGCCAUUCCCUCCGUGGCCAAGCCUCAGCACCCGGCGGCAUAGUCGUGAACAUGACUUGUCUCGCCAAGGCGGCUAAACCGGCGGCGGUUGUUGUCUCCGCAGACGGAACUUAUGCUGACGUGGCGGCCGGGACUAUGUGGGUGGAGGUUCUUGAGACGGCGGUGGAGAGAGGCGUCUCGCCGGUUACUUGGACGGAUUAUUUGUAUCUUAGCGUUGGAGGGACGUUGUCAAACGCUGGAAUCGGCGGUCAGACUUUUAGACACGGCCCUCAGAUUAGUAACGUUCAUGAGCUGGACGUUAUCACCGGAAAAGGCGAAAUGAUGACUUGCUCUCCAAAGUUAAACACUGAAUUGUUCUAUGGAGUUUUGGGAGGAUUGGGUCAAUUUGGUAUUAUAACAAGAGCCAGAAUUGCGUUGGAUCAUGCACCAAAAAGGGUGAAAUGGUUACGGAUACUCUACAAUGACUUCUCGGAUUUUACAAGAGAUCAGGAGCGUUUAAUAUCAAUGGUCAACGAUAUUCGAGUUGACUUUUUGGAAGGUCAACUGAUGAUGUCAAACGGCUUCGUAGACACCUCUUUUUUCCCACUCUCUGAUCAAACAAGAGUCGCCUCUCUCGUGAAUGACCACCGUAUCAUUUAUGUUCUCGAAGUAGCCAAGUAUUAUGAUACUACCACCCUUCCCAUCAUUAACCAGGUGAUUGACAUGUUAACUAGGACGCUAGGUUUCAUUCCCGGGUUCAUGUUCAUGCGAGAUGUUCCUUAUUUUGAUUUCUUGAACCGUGUCCGAAACGAAGAAGAUAAACUAAGGUCUUUAGGGCUAUGGGAAGUUCCUCAUCCAUGGCUUAACAUCUUCGUCCCCAGAUCUCGAAUACAAGAUUUUCAUGAUGGUAUUAUCAAAGGCCUUCUUCUCAACCAAACCUCAACUUCUGGUGUUACUCUCUUUUAUCCCACAAACCGGAACAAAUGGAACAACCGCAUGUCAGCGAUGAUACCAGACGAAGAUGUCUUUUAUGUGAUCGGAUUAUUGCAUUCAGCUGGCGGAUCACAAAAUUGGGAAGAACUCGAUAAUCUCAAUGAUAAGAUAAUCCACUUCUGCGACACCUCGGGCAUUAAGAUUAAAGAAUAUUUGAUGCAUUACACUAGAAAAGAAGAUUGGGUCCAGCAUUUCGGACCAAAAUGGGGUGACUUCUUAAGGAGGAAAAUUAUGUUUGAUCCAAAAAAACUAUUGUCUCCGGGACAAGACAUUUUUAGUUAA